AUGACGACGCUCUUCCGCGAGGCAUCAUCCGGCCGCAUGGCUCUGUCCACCGGCAUGUUCACAGCACCGACGGGCUGUCUUGCACGAGCCGGCCGGCGAGCCCUGUCGACGACGCCGGCAUGCCACGCGCGGCUGAUUGCGCGGCCACAGCGGCCGUAUCAGUUCACGCAGAUGGUGCAGCUCUCGGACGGCAGCACGUUUACGAUGCGGUCGACCAGCCCCCAUGCGCUGCACCGCAGCACAAAGGACAGCCGCAACCACAUUCUCUGGCAGCCGACGGAAAAGUCGCUGCGCAACGUCGAGGUCGACGAGGCCGGCCGGCUGGCAGCGUUUCGCAACCGCUUCGGCCGCGGCUGGGACGCCUCGCAGGACGUCUCCGAAGAGGCUGCUGAGCCGGAGCUGCAGAACAAGACCGCCGGCUCGACCGAAGACGCUGCUUCUGCUUCUGCUUCUGCUGCUGAUCCUGGACAGACGGCUGUCGUGGACCCGUUCGACAGCCUCGCAGACCUGCUCAGCGGCUAUGCCGCCAAGGAGGACCCGGCCAAACACGGAGGCCUGAGCGCAAAGGAACAGGCACGAAAGGACAAGAAGAAAAAGUAG